CUUUACAAUGUGGCUGUUAUGUGGUUUCUGCUGCAGAAUGCGUUAUCAGUGCUUGUACGGCUUUCCUCAGAUCGGGGUUGUUCUGGAGACUGUGGCACCGUGUGUGUAGUGGGAGAGUUUUCAGUUUCAUUUAACAUUGGCAGUAGCUGUUUCUGUUUAGCAUGCUGAGUAUUAAGAAAAAUCCGCUAGAUUUGACUGAUGGAGCUGCAGAAUAUAAGAAUGGCCUUUACAGCCAGAGCUGAAGUACUGGAUAAGUGGCAGUAGAAAGCUUGCAUCUGCACUGUUGUCACAGUGUCAUUAAGUGACUUUUCAAAUGUGUGGAAUAUGCUACGUAAAUUGGCAACAAGUUUCCAGUGGGUGAAGGAAUUAAGUUGGGAAGCUGCAGAGCAUUAAAGUGAUGCAUUCAAUGUGUGGUUGCAACCUAUGUGCAGAACAUUUUAUCUGAAACUCUUAAGUGGCCCAAACUUUUUGACUUCCAAGGUGGAAGGGGUAGAUUCUCGAAUACUCCUGUGCCUACAAAAUAACCAAAAAUGAAGGACAAUUGUUUACAUGCCGCUCUUAUCUGCCUGGGCAUGCUGUAUUACAGCCAUGCCAUAACUACAGAAAAACUGAACCACACAAGGCCAUCACUUCAUGGUCACCAUGAAAAAGGAAAAGAAGGACAAAUUCUUCAUCGUUCAAAAAGAGGCUGGGUGUGGAAUCAGUUCUUUGUUAUAGAAGAGUACACGGGACCAGAUCCUGUACUAGUGGGAAGGCUUCAUUCAGAUAUUGAUUCUGGAGACGGAAACAUUAAAUACAUUCUCUCAGGUGAAGGAGCAGGAAUCAUUUUUGUUAUUGAUGACAAAUCAGGGAACAUCCACGCAACAAAGACACUGGACCGGGAGGAGAGAGCUCAGUACACUCUCACGGCACAAGCUGUAGACAGGAACACUAAUAGACCUUUGGAACCACCCUCUGAAUUCAUUGUCAAAGUUCAAGAUAUAAAUGACAACCCGCCUGAGUUCCUACAUGAAAACUACCAUGCCAAUGUGCCAGAGAGAUCAAAUGUAGGUACAUCCGUUAUUCAGGUAACGGCUUCAGAUGCUGAUGAUCCUACAUAUGGGAACAGUGCCAAACUGGUUUACAGUAUUCUUGAAGGUCAGCCGUAUUUCUCAGUGGAAGCUCAAACAGGAAUUAUCCGAACUGCCCUUCCAAAUAUGGACAGAGAAGCUAAGGAAGAGUAUCAUGUUGUAAUACAGGCAAAAGAUAUGGGAGGACAUAUGGGAGGCCUCUCAGGGACAACCAAAGUGACAAUUACACUUACAGAUGUCAAUGACAACCCACCAAAGUUCCCACAAAGUGUGUACCAGAUGUCAGUGUCAGAAGCAGCUGUUCCUGGAGAGGAAGUAGGAAGAGUGAAGGCCAAAGAUCCGGACAUUGGAGAAAAUGGCUUAGUUGCUUACAGCAUCAUUGAUGGAGAUGGAGUGGAUAUGUUUGAAAUUACAACAGACUAUGAGACUCAGGAAGGUGUUGUAAAGCUUAAGAAGUUCUUAGAUUUUGAAACCAAAAAGUCCUACAGUCUGAAGGUAGAGGCAGCCAAUGUACAUAUCGAUCCGAAGUUCAUCAGCAAUGGACCAUUCAAGGACACAGUAACAGUGAAGAUUACAGUGGAAGAUGCUGAUGAACCACCUGUAUUUUUAAAACCAAGUUAUGUUUUUGAAGUACAAGAAAAUGCAGCAUCUGGUACUGUGGUUGGAAAAGUACAUGCCAAAGACCCUGAUGCUGCAAACAGUGCUAUAAGGUAUUCAAUUGAUCGUCACACUGACCUUGAAAGAUAUUUUACUAUUAAUGCAGAUGAUGGCAACAUCAAGACAAUAAAAGCUUUGGAUAGGGAAGAAAUUGCCUGGCAUAAUAUCUCUGUCUUUGCAGUUGAAGUUCACAAACAACACCAGGAAGCCAAAGUUCCGGUUGCAAUUAAGGUUGUUGAUGUCAAUGACAAUGCCCCCAGAUUUGCGGCAGCCUAUGAAGCGUUUGUCUGUGAGAAUGCUCGAAGCAAUCAGCAAUUUAUUACAAUUAGUGCUGAUGACAAGGAUGACUCGGCCAAUGGACCAAGAUUUAUCUUCAGUUUACCACCUGAAAUUAUUCAUAAUCCAAAUUUUACUCUCAGAGACAACAGAGAUAACACAGCAAGUGUUCUUGUUAGACGUGAAGGAUUUAGUCGCCAAAAGCAAGAUUUAUACCUUCUUCCCAUUGUAAUAAGUGAUGGUGGAGUCCCCCCUAUGAGCAGCACCAACACCCUCACCAUUCGAGUCUGCGGCUGCGACAGCAAUGGCUCCUUGCUCUCCUGUAAUGCUGAAGCCUACAUCCUCAAUGCUGGAUUGAGCACAGGAGCUUUAAUCGCCAUUCUCGCUUGCAUUGUGAUUUUGUUAGUCAUUGUAGUGUUGUUUGUAACACUGAAAAGGCAGAAAAAAGAACCGCUGAUUGUUUUUGAAGAAGAAGAUGUCCGGGAGAACAUUAUUACUUAUGAUGAUGAAGGUGGAGGAGAAGAAGAUACUGAAGCUUUUGACAUAGCUACUUUGCAGAACCCUGAUGGCAUCAAUGGAUUUAUUCCUCGUAAAGACAUAAAACCUGAGUAUCAGUAUAUGCCAAGACCAGGGCUUCGACCGGCUCCCAAUAGUGUUGAUGUUGAUGAUUUCAUCAACACAAGAAUACAAGAAGCUGAUAAUGAUCCAACUGCUCCUCCGUAUGACUCUAUUCAGAUCUACGGCUAUGAAGGAAGAGGCUCAGUGGCUGGUUCACUUAGCUCGUUAGAGUCAGCGACAACAGAUUCUGAUUUGGACUACGACUAUCUACAAAACUGGGGACCUCGAUUUAAGAAACUUGCAGACUUGUAUGGCUCCAAAGACACUUUUGAUGAUGAUUCUUAACAAUAAAGUUUAAGAUUUGGCCUUAAGAACUGUGUCCAAUGUUCUGAAGAAUCCAGAAGAAAUUUAAGCAGGUAUUUUUUUAAAAAUCAAGAAAAGUCUCAUUUAAACAUGUAAGUUUGACAGAAAGGAUUCCUUUGAUAAAAAAGGACAUAAAAGUGGUAAAUACUGUGAAGUACCUUUUCCUGCAAAAGGCAAAUAUAGAAGUUGGCUGCCAACUUCACUAGAGGAAAAAAAACCACUUAAGAAAUAAAAAAUAUUUAAAUGAAGGAAAAUACUAAAAGUGAACCUACAAAUAAGGGAAAUCUUUUAUGUGUUAUGAACAUCUAAAUCUUUUAUGUCAAAGAAGCUUCCACAAAUUAGAAAAGAUAACAGUUCUGAGCUGUAAUUUCGCCUUAAACUAUGGACACUCUAUAUGGUAGUGCAUUUUUAAACUUGAAAUAUAUAAUAUUCAGCCAGCUUAAACCCAUAUGAUGUAUGUACAGUACAAUGUACAAUUAUUAUGUCUCUUGAGCAUCAAACUUGUUACUGCUGAUUCUUGUAAAUCUUUUUGCUUAUACUUUCAUCUUGAACUAAUACGUGCCAGAUAUAAAAACUCUGUCUUGUUGCAGUGGGAGGCGCCCUAUUUCUAUGUCAUUUUUAAUGUAUCUAUUUGUACAAUUUUAAAAUUCUUAUUUUAGUAUACAUACAAAUAUCAGUAUUCUGACAUGUAAGAAAUGUUACAGCAUCACACUUAUAUUUUAUGAACAUUGUACUGUUGCUUUAAUAUGUGCUUCAAUAUAAGAAGCAGACUUUGAAAUAAACUGAUUCUUUUUUAA